UACUUAUUUACCAUUUAAAUUUUCACCUAACACUUACCAUUUAAAUACUGAUUCGAUACUCUAUUAGACAACUCGACAUCUACCCACUGCCAAUUGGAACAAUCAUGUAAUUAUGUGUUGCCAAUUGCAAUUGCACCUCUAUAUAUAAAAGAAGGCAUAGAGUUGUGUCUCUUCUUUUUCUUCGCCUAAACUGUGGAAGAUGAUGUUAGGUUAUAGCCUUCUUGUAUUAAGCAUUUCAGGCAUUGUUUUGUCCCAGUCCAUAAUCAAAACUCUACCUGGGUUUGAUGGAGAUCUCCCCUUUCAUCUCGAAACUGGAUAUGUAGGGGUUGCGCACAAGGAAGAGGUGCAAAUGUUUUAUUUAUUUUUGGAGUCAGAAAGGAGUCCAAAAGAUGACCCUCUUAUUCUUUGGCUUAUUGGAGGACCUGGUUGCUCUGCUCUUUCUGCUUUUCUCUAUCAAACUGGGCCACUAUCAUUCAACUAUGCAAACAUCAGUGGGAAUAAACCAACACUUAUGCUAAAUCCAUAUUCAUGGACAAAGGUUGCAAACAUGAUAUAUUUGGACUCACCUGUGGGUACUGGAUUCUCAUAUUCAACAAGUUUUGAAGGAUACAGAACGGGUGAUCGGUCAUCAGCAGCACAGCUCUAUGAGUUUUUGAGAAAGUGGCUUGUGGCACACCCAAAAUUUCUGUCGAAUCCAUUAUAUGUGGGUGGUGACUCUUAUGCUGGCAUAGUUGCUCCAGUCGUUGUUCAUGAAAUAUCUAAUGGGAAUGAUAAAGGGAAUAAGCCUCAAAUGAACCUCAAAGGAUUUGUAUUAGGCAAUCCAGUUACUCAUUUGGACAUCGAUUUGAAUUCAAGAAUACCUUAUGCUCACCAAAAGGGUAUCAUUCCUGACAAUCUCUACAAGGCAACUAAGGAAAAUUGUAAAGGCGAGUAUAGGCAUCCAGAUCGACGCAAUGAAAUGUGCAUCAACAAUCUUCAAGCUGUCAAUGAGACGUUCGAGAAAUUAUACAUGUACAACAUCGUGGAACCAAAGUGUACCUGGGAUCUAAGUGCUUUGCUGGGAGAGAAUGAUCUACUUGAAAUCAUGAGAAAAAUUGAUGUCUAUACAGCAUCUCAAAAUUCCGUCGAGUGGUGUCGGGAUUUUAUGCUAGUGUAUGUCCACUUUUGGGCUAAUGAUAAGAGUGUCCAAGAUGCUCUUCAUGUUAGAGAGGGAACAAUAGAGGAGUGGAUAAGGUGCAAUUCAAGUCUGGUUAGGUAUGAAUUUGAUGUUCCAACCACUCUGGAAUAUCAAAGAAGCUUCACUAAGAGGAGCUACCGUGCUUUGAUUUUCAGUGGCGAUCAUGACUUGGCUAUUCCAUAUGUGGGCACACAUCAAUGGAUCGAGUCCCUAAAACUGAAAACGACAAGUGAUUGGAAACCAUGGUUCGUUGAAGAUCAGUUUGCAGGCAAUGUGAUUACAUAUUCAAAGAAGAAAUACAAUUUGACAUAUGCAACUGUUCAGGAAGGGGGUCAUGCAGCUACAGAAAUAAGGCCUAAGGAGUGUUUUGCCAUGAUAGAUAGGUGGUUGGCUUAUAAUUCACUUUAGCAAGAUGAUUCUAUGGUAAAAGAGAUCAAUUUGACAAUAUAAUCUAUUUUACAGUAUAAUUGUUCUUUAUCUUCAUCAAGAAUUUCGAUUGCCUGCAUGGAUAAAGUAUUCUGGUUCAUCUUAGAAAUGAAAUGUAAUGGGAAAUUUAUAUU